GUUCGAUAGAUCUCCCUUCACCAUGAAAUUGUUGCCUCGGUUGCCACGCAGGCAAGCAUAGGCGUAUAUUACGGGAUCAUCAGGGCGCUGCAACGACUCACUGAAAGUAAUGGUGCGCACCUUCGUCUCAGUUGUUGCCGAUAUCUAUUUUUUCGACAAAGGUGCCCUUCUCUUUGCUAAUGACUACGGACUGGAUUCAAUAACGUUUCAGUUCCCGUUUUGAUGUUUCGUCCCAUCAAGACCUUAUUAGGAUUUAAUGUAUGUGGUCUUGCAUUUUCUAUUAUGAGAUUGUUAAGAGUGUCUCUUUGCUAAGGUGUCUAUUAUAACUUGUAACCAUCUAAACCGUGAUAGUGGCCCAGCGGCAUCUUCCCUACCAAAACAUGCGAAGAGCUUGAAAGCAUGCAAUUGAAACGGUAACAGAUGUCCCUUUAUCUAUCUAAAGCUUGCGUCUCUCGCAAACUGCUAACAAGCUAUUUGCAGAGGCUGUUCUACAACCUUCACAUUCUCCGCACAGCAAUCUUGUUUAUCACGAUGAUCCGACAUCGCCAAAUCUUGAUAUCUCUUCUGCCAUGGGAAAAAUUUCAUGGUCACAGAUUCGCAUCGUGUUUCUUCCUCGCAAGUAUUUUGUGGAGUUUAGCAACGGGCCUCCUGGUAUUAUCCUCAAGACGGUACCAUGGUCCAUAAUAAGCUGAAGUUUGCAUUCUGGAGUGGCUGGGCUCUCGCAUAACACAACCGAAUAUCACUGUGCAGUGCUCAUCCGCUGACAAUCAAUGCCACGGUCAAGCCUUUUGUUCAUGUCUCGUCCAUUUCACUGCACGAGCACCGGUUCUUGUCGUAAGAUAGCCUUUUGUAAAUAAGAACAUUCCCGGACCUACAAUAGCAAUUAUAUUCCCCGUUAGGACUUGUUGGAAGAUGUGAGGUACAGUCAAGCCAAGGUAGAGCACUUGGAGAUACUGGUUAUGACAACCGAAGAAUGACAGUAGUCGUG